GUCCAUCCUUCCUACACGUUCCUAGACCAGGGUAGUUCCCCGUUUAUCGUCCAUUUCGUCCCCUUAUUUUUCCUCUCUAUAGUGAGUGUGUUAUGGGGCGCAGCUACGGCCAUAAACAUACCCUUACCUGAGUUGUCGCAAGGUGAGAGGCCUUCCUGAAGGUGAAGAGUGGGAAAGCACAGAAAAAGGGCAGAAGUGUAAAAAGAAAGGAAAAAAGGGAAAAAAAAAGGAAACAAGAAAUAAUAACAAAAAGACACGGCAGGCCGCGGAGGAUGCAAGCGACUUUGCACUGUCUUAUCUGACCUGGCCAUUCUUACAAGUUUCUUUACUCUAGCUCCAAUCUUAACCACGCACAUGGUUAUACAUUGUUUCUCAUUCUAUUGAUACCACAAAGCCAUAUUGUCCUCUUCUUUACCUAUCCUCCACAGCUGUCGUCGCCAGGGCCAAGUCACAACCACGCAAGCAGCAACAUUCACAUUAUUGUCAUGUCUCUGGACCAGCUCUCCGACGACGCCAUCCUCGAGAUCCUCUCCCAUCUCACCACAGCCCGGGACGUCGCCAACGUCUCGCGUGCCUGCAGGGCCUUACACAGGACCGUGCACCAGGGUGGAGGCUGGCGCUCCUUUGUCAGGCACCGUUUCGCCACAUAUGCCGUCAGCGAGCCCCGCGAUGGCCGAUGGGACGAACUCGCCGCCGCUCUGACCGCUCAGUCCCGCAGCUGGGACCGGAAGAGCUUGCUCCCCGUCGCAUAUACCCACGCGCAGUCGCCACAGAGCAACUUCUUCGCAGGUCAGCACAGUAGAAGGCUCCAUCAUCCCUUCUCGCCUGCACUCGACGCUGCUCGUGUCUGGAAUGACAGCUUCGAGCUCGUCGUUUGGGGUGCCGGCGAGGACAUUGUCGGUCGGUUUCGCCCCCUGGCGAGCAGCGGGAGCGACCGCAGGAGGAGCAAUGGUGGUGGUGGUGGUGGUGGUGGUGGUAACUCGGGAGAAGGGGACGCAUGGUUCUGCUUCGAGGGUCGGAGGAACGGGUACAGUCCCGCCAAGGGCGAUGUGACGGCCAUCAAGCUCAUCGAGCCUGGCGGCAAGCUGGGCAUGCUGAUCGGCCGGGCUUCCGGCGAGCUGCAUCUCAUCUCCGCAGAAAGGGGGAAUGCGAGCAAUGUCGUCGAAACAUUUCGUCUGCCGGAACCACCGUCUCAUGUUAAGGCUGCGACGUGGGAAGCUGCGGCAUACGUAGAUGUCUGCCCGAACCAGACAUCCAUCGUAGCGGGAAACCGGGCAACAAUUAACAUUUUCCCCUUGCGCUCAUCGUCUAUGAGCGAGGCUAUCCCAUUAGAGACCUUCUCCCUCGACUCGCACACCUUUCAUGGCAGUGACGACCGUUCAUUAUUCAUUCACAGCGCGAAAGCCCUGACAAACGACACCAUCGCCUGCGCGCUGGGCGGGGAUCCCGUCCCCUUACGCUGGUUACAGGCCACGCCAACAGGACUCGUCCCAAAAGUGGUGGAUAAGAGUGAUCGUCUUCUGCGCAAUCUGUCAAGAAGUGUCAAAACGACCAUACGGGCUCUCGAGGUCAUUCCCACGGCCGGUCUCUCGGCUGGCCAGAGCGGAAGCGGCAACCUACUCCUGACCGCCUGGGACGAUGGUACCGUCAGACUGCUCGACACGCGAACCCCAUCCCCUUACGACAUGAUAUACCGCGACCUCUUCCAACCCGAAGAGACCACUUCCUCCCUCCUCACCUGGGGCGCACACCAUUUCGUGGCCGGCAGCAACGAGUACCCUCACCUCAAGACGUUUGAUUUCCGCUGGCCAGAACACCACGCCGAAUACCGUUACACCGACGCCCUCCCCUGCUCUCCUUCGCCCCCCUUUCCCGCCCCUCCCGACGCAGACUGGAGCCUGCCUCUACCACACCGCCGCCCUCGGCCCGACCUAGUCCACAGUCGCUGCAACCACGCCGAGAACACGGUCUGUACUUUCCACCGCCUGGCGCGCGAAGACGACUACCACCCCAACGCCUGCCUCAUCCUCCAGCCCAGCAGCAGCAGCAACAGAAGCAGCAGCACCUCGAGCCGCCGCAGCCUGCCCUCCCGCAUCCACUCCCUCGCAAAGUCCUCCAACGCCGCCGACGCCUUCUACGUCGGUCUCCCCGGCGCCGUGGCCGAGAUGCGCCUGGUCGCCGAGGGCGAAUCUCACGUCGGCCCGCUCGUGGGUAAAGCGGCGUCCCGGCGGGGCUGGCAGGCCGAGACGGCACAGUUCGCCUUCCUGGAGACCGGGACUGGGAUGCUGCCGCCCCUCGAGGACGGGUAUCCCGGCUUGGGCAUCUACACGUUUUCGCCCCUGUUGGUGCAACAGUGGGGUGGGCGGCCUUGGACCCCUCCUGAGGGAGCGAGGUGGCAUCGCUGGGAUAGACGGUUCUGGAGCCCCGACCACUUUUAGAGGGGUGAAUCGGAUGGACCGGGUGUGGGUUCCAGCAGAUACAGAUGAGCGCCUAGGUUCUGGUCGAAAGACGACCAGGGACGUAUCGGAGGGUGGGUAAAGAUCCCGGGUAUGCCUUUAAUUGGACAUGCAUGUAUAUAGAGUAGUUCUCCUGGACAGUCUCCAAUGGUCCCUGAUGAACGCGUUGAAUUAUUGGCCUUGAUGAAGUUUCUUGAUAUGGUCGAAUAGCUUUCUUUUUAUACAGGUCCUCCUGGAGGCACGGAAUAUCACACCCGGCGCA